AUGACCACUGUUCUCGAUCAAAUCAAGGAAUUUACAACCAUCGUCGCCGAUUCCGGUGACUUUGAAACCAUUGCACAAUACAAACCACAAGACGCUACUACCAAUCCUUCAUUGAUUUUGGCUGCCUCGCAGAAAUCCGAGUAUGCCAAGCUUGUGGAUGAAGCUAUUGAAUAUGCCAAGAAAAAGAGCAGCAAUAUCAAAGAACAAGCUGGCUGGGCAUUUGAUAAGCUCUUGAUCAACUUUGGAAAAGAAAUCCUCAAGAUUGUUCCUGGCCGCGUCUCCACUGAAGUUGAUGCCCGCCUCUCAUUUGACAAGCAAGCCACCAUCGAAAAAGCGAAGCGAUUAAUUGCACUCUACAAAGAAGAGGGUAUCGACAAGGAGCGUGUAUUGAUCAAAAUUGCAUCUACAUAUGAAGGCAUCCACGCAGCGCAUGAACUGGAGACCAAGCAUGGUAUCCAUUGCAAUUUGACUCUUUUGUUCGGCUUUCCUCAAGCUGUUGCUUGUGCAGAGGCGGGUGUUACAUUGAUAUCUCCUUUUGUGGGACGUAUUCUCGAUUGGCACAAGGCUCAUAGUGGCAAAGAUUACUCUCAAACCGAGGAUCCAGGUGUCAUCUCUGUCACCAACAUUUACAACUACUAUAAACAACAUGGAUACAAGACAAUUGUCAUGGGUGCUUCGUUCCGUAACACUGGUGAGAUUGAAGAAUUGGCAGGCUGCGAUUUCCUUACGAUCUCACCCAAGUUGCUGGGCGAACUUCAAAAGGACACAAAGAAGCUGGAGCGUAAAUUGAAUCCUCAAGGCGGUAAGAAGCAAGAAAAGGUAGCCUACUUCGAUGAUGAGGUCAAGUUCCGUUGGGAUAUGAAUGAAGACGCUAUGGCUACUGAGAAACUCUCUGAAGGUAUCCGUAAUUUCGCAAGUGAUGGCAUCAAAUUGGAAGAAACUUUGAUCUCAAGAUUGAAAAAAUAA